AUGUAUAGUUCCUAUGACUUAACUUCUGAAUAUGUGAAAGAUGCAUUGAAUAUAGCUGCUACACUGUUGGGGGAUCUGAGGAUGUACCUUGCGAUAACAAUAAAGAGAUACCGAGCUGUGAAGGAAGUUGGACAAAUUAAAAUGAGUGUUGGAGUCAUUGCUUACAACGAAUUGAUGCUUGUUUGCCAGGCUGAGUAUUUUCGUCAGUUGCUCAAACCUGUUACGUAG